CCCCGCUCCGCGCAGCGCUCCCCAUGGCCUCCUUCGGGUGGAAGAGGAGGAUCGGCGAGAAGGUUUCCAGGGCCACCUCCCGGCAGUUCGAGGCGGACGCUGCGGAUGACAGGGGUCUGGCGGAGGAGGAUGAGGACGAUAGCUGGGCGCACGCAGCGAAGAGAAGGAAGGAGGGCCUGGCGGGGGGCUGCGUGGAGAAGAGCAAGCGGCUGAAGGAUGAAGGCGCAAGUCUGGCCGAAAACAGGAGGUACCGGGAGGCUAUUCAGAAGUGGGAUGAAGCACUUCAGUUAACUCCAGAGGAUGCUACGCUUUAUGAGAUGAAAUCACAGGUCCUGAUGUCAUUACAUGAAAUGUUUCCAGCAGUGCAUGCAGCAGAAAUGGCUGUUCAGAGAAACCCACGUUCCUGGGAUGCCUGGCAGACUUUGGGACGUGCCCAGCUUGGAUUAGGAGAGAUAGCACUGGCAAUUCGGAGUUUUCAGGUAUCCUUACACAUCUUUCCAAUGAACCCUGAAGUAUGGAAGGAGGACCUUUCGUGGGCAAGAAAACUAUAUGAACAACAGAAGGCAACAAAGACUGAGGCAGUGCAAGCACUGGCCAAAGGAAAAGAGAUGGCACAAGCAUCAAUCCCAGACUAUGACUUUGAAAGUGAUGAAAUUGUUGCGGUAUGUGCUGCCAUUGCAGAGAAGGAGAAAGCUCUUUCGGCAGCUAAAACUGUAGUGAUUGUGUCUGCUUCAGGCACAGUAGAAACUGUUACUGAGAAGGAGAAUUGCACUACAACUCCUGAUGAAACCCUUUUUAUCAGAGCCCGAUAGGGCCACCCUAUGUCUUGUCAGUACUGUUUCAAGAACUAGUGUUAUUUAUUGCAUUGGGUUUCUUUUGUUUUUUAAGCAGUGGGAGAGCCUGCAAAAUAAAAGGAUUGAAAUUAUUUUUCUUUUGUAAAGUGAAAAAACAAUAACCUGAGUUGUACUUCAGUCUGUAUUUUUGGAGAAGGCCAAGACUUGGUUUUGAAAAUCUCAUGAACAAAUGUAAUGUUAAAAUGCUUAACUACAUUCUAGCAACUGCAUUCAUCUUACUGUAUUUCGUAGUUUUACAGGUUCAUGUCUAUGCUUUCUGGGUAAUUAAUGAGCUCAUAUAAAAUGCAAAAGGAAAAGAGAUUUUAAACAAAACAUAUUUCAAUCCUUAAUCAUUAGCAUUAUUUAUGCUAGAGCUAGUGUGAGCUGUUCUCUGUUAUCAGAAGUCUUUAUUUUCAUCAAGAUUAAUUUUUCUAUGGUGAAGUUUUCUGUGAAGCAGAGAUAGAUUUUCAUUUUGUGUGUGUUGGUGUGAUAGCCCUGGGAUCUGAUCUGUAGUCAGCGUAAUCAGUAGACACUUUCAUGUUGCCUUCAUAGGUGAAUGGUUAAAUACUUUACAUAUAUAUAUACUUUCUGAUUAGAUGAAAGGCCAUGCUAUACCAAACAAGCACCUGAAUGCUUAGUUGUUACUAAAUGUUUCACCAGAAGAAAGAACAUUCAGUGGAGACUGAAGCUGGCCUUCCCUUAUCUUAAGUGCUAUACUACAAACACCACUGAAAGUAAAAUGAUGGGAGUUGGACAUUGUUAAGUCUGAAGGCUAGUGUAUUACAUUUAGCCUUUUUUUUCCUAGUAAGGCUAACCUGAUAAGGGAAUCAAUUUGCUUUUCGUAAUUCUUGUGAAUUUAAAGUGUGUUCUCAAUGAACCAGCUGCUCAGGACAGCAUUGCCCAAGUCUCCAUUUUUGUAUUCUUUUUGGAUUUUAGAUGCUGUGGUGGUUAUGGGUAUUCAAGAGACUUGUUUGCCUGGUCUUCAUCUUUCUUUAGGGGAAGAUGGCUGUUGGUUUCUCACAUGGACAGUUAAAAGAAACAAAAUCAACCUGUUUCCCUGAUGUGCUCCGUGUUAAUACUACUCUCUUUUCAUUCUCAGGGGAGACAUGACAGAGACGAUAGGUUCCUAACUGGACUGGAGAAAACAGUCUGUUGAGGAACUCUGGGAGAAUUCAGGAUUAGGAACAUAUCAUUUCCACUUAAUUUUUAUAAUAUUUUGCAUGAAGAAAAACAUUUCAAAUAAGAGGUUUGUAGCCAGGUGAAAUCUUUUGAAAUCUUUGCAUUUUUAAUACUUGAUUUCUGUUUUCAAAAUAACACAGUUUUAAGGGCAAUAACAUCCUUUUUGCUUGAGAAGCAUAGUGUUUUUUGAAAUAGGAAGAGUAUUGUAGAAAAAUCACUUCUUUCAGAGCAUAGUACAGUUGAAUAUUGUUAAUUCUUAAGAGGGCAUUUACAGUUGUUGCAGAAAUUAAUUGUCCUUUUCAAAGACUUAAUUGCCAUGUUGGUCUUAAGUGACUAAGAGUUCAUUAAUUUUGGCAAAUAUGAAUUUUUAGAUCAGUGUGCACGCACACACACAUAUUAUCUUCACUUUUUAACAUCUAAUUAUCCAAAAAAAUUACCAUUAAUUUUAUAAAAAAUGUAAAACAUCACCAAGAUAUAUUUGUAUUUAUUCAUUCAGUUGUUAAGUAGAUUCGUAAGUGCUUAUUGAAAAGGCAUUUGAUUAGAUAUGGUUUCAUUCAAGUUUAAAAUCAUGUUGGUUGAAGAACUUCUUCAUCUUGUUUUUUCCUAACAAAUAAUACAACCUGUUCAGACAUAGGAAUAGUUAGCAUGAGAAGGAUUUUGACAGAUUUCUUCAAAGAAGAGACAUUCUCUGUCUAGAAAAGGAAAUGUGCAAGAAGCUGUAAGGUGUUUUCUGUUUCCUGUUUUGAAGGAGCUCAGCUAUAAUCAAACACAUCUUUCCUUUCUUUGCCUUUUGUGCUUGUGUCAGUGUUGUGUAUGGGAAAGACUGCCUCCCUCCUUUCAGACGUCAGUGUUAUCACUGUAUCUGUUUCCACUGAAAUACUUUGCUAUUGACUUCGUCACUGUUGAGCAAAGUUAACUAGAGAGGUGUGCACCUAUACCAUCAGGCUCAACAGUUGUGCUGGGCCUGAAGGGUUGUCGUUGCCAUCUCCAGCAGUAAAUGUGGUUUUCCUUCUGAUGAUAUUAGGUUAUGAAUUCUAGAUAUUGCCAUGACAGUGACAUCUUGAAACAGGGAGCAGAAAAGUUCUUGUGACCACCUUACUCAACUGGAAUGAAGCUUGACAAUUGGUGAUUGCAACAUCUGUGUUUUUUGUUUUGUUUUGUUUUGUUUUGUACAGCAUGCCAUGUUUUGCAUGUAUAGGAUUUUCUGGAUAUGUUUGAAUAAAAUACUGACUUAUCUGCUGUUUAA